UUGAGGCCAAAGAUGAUGGCGGGCAGUGUGGCUGUAGGGAUGGACCUGGGCACGACAUUUUCGUGCGUGGGCGUCUGGCGAAAUGGGCGCACGGAAAUAAUCGCUGACGCAAAAACUGGCGCGCGACUCACGCCAUCGUGCGUGGCUUUUACUGAAGAAGGCUUGUACGUCGGGGAAGCUGCGGCUGCCCAGGCAUCAAUGAACCCUGCAAACACCCUGUAUGAGACCAAACGUCUCAUUGGCCGGCGUUACAGUGACCCUUCUCUCCGCAAAGAUAUAAACAAUUUUUCUUAUUCGGUGCGUGACAACGGUAACAACUCGCCUGUUAUCCAACUGCAGUACCGAGAUGAGGCUGUUGAACUGUGGCCCGAGCAAGUAAGCGCCCUUGUUCUGGAUCAUCUGAAGAAAGUUGCUGAAAAUUACUUGGACUGCGAGGUGACCGAAGUUGUCAUUACUGUACCUGCCUAUUUCAGCGACUCCCAGAGACAGGCCACCAAAGACGCUGCUCGUAUCGCCGGUCUGUCGGUUCUCCGGAUCAUCAAUGAACCCACUGCUGCAGCGCUGGCUUAUGGCAUUCACCGCCACACUUAUGGCCAUAGAACCGUGCUUGUCUUUGAUUUGGGUGGUGGCACAUUUGAUGUUUCAUUGCUGGAUGUGGUGCAGAGUCAGUAUAAACCUGCACGGUAUACGGUAAAGGCUGUGACCGGAGAUACCAACCUCGGUGGUACGGACUUUGAUAGAAUCCUUAUGGACUACUGCCUCAAUGAUAUCCGCAAACGGCAUCUGAUGGAACUUGGUACAAAUGUAAGGGCGAAGAUCCGACUGAAGAAGGAGUGCGAAAAGGCGAAGUGCAGGUUGUCGGUGUCAAUGACGACAGUGAUCGACGUGCCUGGUCUUAUCAAAGGACGAGACUACUCUUGCACCCUCACACGGGCCAAGUUCGAUAUGCUCUGCAGUCAACUCUUCGGAAGAACAAUGCAAAUCUUAAGGCAGUUCUUGAGCGAAAACAACGCUGAAGUUUCCUCUGUUGAUGACGUUGUUCUCGUUGGUGGGUCUACAAGAAUUCCUAAAAUCAGGUCAAAUCUUGCUGAACUUUUUGGUGAAUCUAAAAUUCGUCAGACGAUCAAUGCGGAUGAAGCUGUUGCCACCGGCGCCGCAGUUCUAGCCGCCAUCGUGUCAGGGGACAACAGCAUCGACAACUUACACAUCGCUGACGUCAUCCCUUUGUCUCUGGGGCUGGCAGACGCGGAUGAAAAAAUGGUGGUUGUGAUGGACAAGAACACCUCCAUUCCCGCCAGAGUAACUCAGCCAACGUGGACCACAGUGACGGACUUCCAGACUCGCUGCAGGCUAAAGGUAUACGAAGGAGAAUUCCCAUUAAUUAAGGACAACUUGCUCCUUGGUUCCUUUCUUCUGGAGAACAUCCAGUCGGCCAGGCAAGGAGUACCCAAGCUGGCCGUAACAUUCUCAGUGGAUGAAAACGGCAUCCUGACUGUUGAGGCCGUGGAUCAAGCCACCAAAAACAACAAGCAAGUCCAAAUCGCGGCAAGGACAGGGAGACUUUCCGUCCAGGAAGUGGACGUGAUGGCAAGAACCCAUGCCCGGUUCACGUUGGAGGAGCUGGUUGACUCGAAAGACGAUCAGAGCUCUUCUUCCGAUGAGGAAAUGGAAGAUGAGGAGGAAGAAAAAGAAGAGCAUCAAACACAAGAGGAUAUCGAAAGACUAGAAGCUAAAGCCAAGGACCGCUUGAUGUCUUUGUGCUUCAGAACGAAGUUGUUGUUUGGUUCUGUCAGCUCACGUGACGUGAUCAACGACGCCGACAGGGCGGCGGUUCUGCGCGAGACCGACGACCUCCUCGAAUGGAUGCACACGCGUGCACCCAACGGACGAGAAUGUCGGCAGAAACUUGUCGGUUUUGAGGAAACUCUUAAGGGUUUCCAUGAGCAAAUUGCUUACUAUGCUCGCUCGUAAAUGAGUUCUUUAUUAUGGCCGUAAUAGGCCAAUGCAACACCGCGUAACAGGCCUCGUGCAACACCGAACCUUCAGCCUGUAAAACAGGCCAGGGCAACACCUAUAACAGGCCUUUGCAACACCUGUAACAUACCUUUGCAACACCUGUAACAGACCUUUGCAACACCUCGUAUUCUUCUGUGCUCUCUUAUAUCUAUGAUACAGUUUUCUUUCAAUGCCGUGUGUAGAUAAGAACUCUAUUCACUUUAUUUGUACCUCACGAUUUUUAUGUAUUCUAUGUUAAAAGUUUAGUUAUAAAUUAAUUUAAUAGGUCAACGCAAGUUGUGAACAGCUCAGAGCGACCCUUAAAUUUUGACCCAGAAUGCAACUUGACCCAGAAUGCAAAAUUAGCUCCGAAGAGUUAGGAAUUGCUGAUUUUCUUCACUUUUAUAAACCUGUAGCUAACUGCAGAAACUGCUGGCGAAAAGUAGCUAAUUUGAUGCUCAGUUGACGAUCUGUUCUUAUUCUUCUUAUUCUUUUGUGGUAAAUUUUUAGCCUUAUUCUUCCAUAGUAUUUCUUAUUAUUCUUCCGUGUUGAUUCUCUCACUUUUGAUCUUGAUUACGUGACAGAAUUUAUGCACAUUCCCUAUACAAAUGUUUUUGUUAAUGUAGAAUAAUCUCAUAACUUUGAGUUAAUUUUGAUUAAUUAAUUCCUCUAAGUCUGAUUAAUUGCAGGAGAGAAUCUGUCUGUGGGCAAUAUUUCCUGAGUGAAACUAUGCUUUAUCGUGUUGCACAAAUAUUAAAUUUCAUUCCUAUGUAUAUAUUCUACUAUAGCAUAGGAACUGAUGAUUUACACAAGAAGCGAUUUUAGGUAAUGACUUGGAAGCGAGUUGUAAGCAAUGUACCAGUACAGUCAAAAGGAUCAAAGUUCGUUUCCUAGCUUUAGUUUUAUGAACAGUUCAUAAAUUUCGGAAAA